UAACAGUAAACUGUGAAAACUUUAAAUUUAUAAUGCAAAAAUUUGGCAAAAAAAGAAAAGUUGAUUCUUGUCCAAACCGUCUUUUUCUCUCCUAUUUAAAAGAAUGGAAAGAUGACGCUUCAGAAAAGGAAUUAAAAUCAUACCAUACUUACAACAAAGCAUACAAGUCUUUAGAAAAGUAUGGGCUACCUUUACAGUCUGGUAAAGAAGCGGUUAUUUUGGCUAACUUUGGCGAAAAAAUCUGCGCUAUGCUGGACACUAGACUUGGAAAGGAUUCCAAAGAAAAAGGCGUCACGCCCAGAGAAUUUUUAGAACAGUCUCGACAGGUUUCUGAAAGCUGGUGGAAAAGUUUGGAAACGGAACCUAAUAAAAAGAAGCAAAAAACCCUAAAAGUUAACUCUAAUGUGAAUCGUAAACAGCGAACUUAUGUCCCUGUAAAAAAUUCCGGUGCCUAUGCUCUAUUAAUUGCACUGUCUAGAAAUAAAGCUUCGGAAAAUAGUUUUGGGUAUAUGAAAAAAGCAGAGUUGCAAAGAGAAGCGCAAACUUUUUGUACGAAAUCUUUUACAGUGCCUGACCCUGGAAGUCAGUAUACAGCAUGGAGUAGUAUGGCAACGUUAAUUAAUAAAGAACUGGUAAAGAAACACAACAAUCCAGCUAAAUAUGAAAUAACAGACUCUGGGUUGGAGCUGGCGCAAAAAUUGGACAUCGAAAAUCAAAACAAAGGAAUAACGAACACUGGUCUAGAGUUCGUGCAAAAAUUGGACACCGAAUCGCAAAAUAGUAAUCAAAAUACUAUAGAAAACUUGUGGAAAAAGACGAAACAAAAAGAAAAUUUAGUCAAUUUUUCUGACUCCGAUUCUGAAUGCGAAAUGAUCAAUUUAGUAGAUAGAGUGAAAUCAAAGCAAAAACCGUUGAAAAAAGUUAAUAAAAACACUGAAAACUAUGCAGUUUUGAAACCUAAAGCCCAAUUGGUUCAAUUUUCUGAUUCUGACCCAGAUAUUGAAGUGAUUGAACAGCCAUCUAAAUGUGUAGACCUUACUUUAAGCAGUGACGAAGAAAUAUCGCAAGGUAAAAAUACAUAUAAUACUCCAGAAAUUAAAAGUACUGUUCCUAAUAGCAACCCGCAAUGCUCUCUAGCUCACUCUAGUGGCGGAAACGUUGAGUUUUGUUUAGAGCCCGGAGAUUUUGACGUAGUUUUGUGUGUGGAUACGAGAGAAGUCUCAGGAGAUAAAAGAAAAAAGGAAAUGCAAAGAGAGAUUCAAAAACUUAAUGUGGAAACUAUUGACCGCGUUUUACAAAUUGGGGACUUUGUAUGGGUAGCUAAGGAAAAAUCCUAUACUGGAAAUGGUAGAGAAAUUGUACUAGAUUAUAUCGUUGAGAGAAAAUGCAUGGCAGAUUUAGCAAUGUCAAUUCGAGAUGGUCGUUUUCAUGAGCAAAAAAUCCGGCUUAAACAGUGCGGGGCCAAAAAAAUUGUGUAUUUAGUUGAGGAUAUGAAUAAAAUACAGCAUCAAAGUUUGCCGGAAAAAACGCUACGUCAAGCGCUUAUAAAUACACAAUUUGUCGAUGAUAUUUUUGUGAAAUAUAGCGAAAAUAUUGCGGCUACAGCGCAGUAUUUGGGAAUUCUGACCACGAAAUUGAAGAAAAUGUACAGGAAUAAAACUCUGCUAGCUUGCGAAAUUGCUGAAGUACAAAAAACUUGCAAUGACGAAAACAGUGUCCAAAAACUGCUGAGUUUCGACGAUUUUAACGACGGUAGUUUAAAAGGAAAAGGGCUUACUAUUACAGAAAUGUUUGUAAGACAAUUAAUGCAGUUACAUGGUAUGUCUUAUGACAAAGCUGAUACCAUAACACAGUUAUACCCUACUCCCUAUCUGCUUGUACAAGCCUAUAAAAACUGUGAAAGUUUGAAGCAGAAACAAGAUUUAUUAGCGAAAAUUAAAACUGGACUUUUAAAACGAAAUUUGGGCGCUAAUUUAAGCAAAGUUGUUUAUCACGUUUUUCACUCUUAAAAAAGUGUUUCUGUCGCAUUUUUUCUACUUUUCUAUUCAUGGGCGCCAAAUUUUUUAACGCAGGGGAGGCAGGGAUAGUUAGACCUGUGUUUUGUGAAAAAAAACGUUUUUGGUUGAAUAUCAUGCUGUUGUACUUUUUCCAUUCAUAUUUUUUAAUGCAGAAAUAGUAAGAUAUACAUUUCUGUGAAAAAAUCAAUUUACUCUGCCUUCCCAGAUUUUGCCCCCAUUUCUAUUGAAUUUUAUUGCUUUAUUUAUGCUUUUCUAUCGUAAAUACUGUUAGUUUAAAAUUGAAAAUUUUUGCCACCAAAAACUGUGUACAUGAAUGGCAUUUGUAUCGCACAAUUAGUCUCAAAUACCAAACUGUUUUAGCACAGUUUUGCAGUGUAUAUAUGUAUACCUUUUUAUUUUCUCUUACAAAUGUAUUUUCAUUUCAUUUAAAAGAAAUCCAUAAAAACAGUUAAGUUCAAAUACUUUUGAAAUCGUCCACUUUUUUAGAUUUAAAUUCUAACAUUUUAAAUUUGGGAUAUUUUUGCAACAAAUAUAAAAUACCUAACUUUUGUUGAUAUAUAUAAGUUAUAAUUUUGAAUAGUCUUAAAUACGAUUUGUUAUUCUUUUGGCUAGAA